GCGCUUCCCCGAUAAACAUACUUCUGCACAUGGCGGAUUUGUCCCACGUUACUGUUAUUUCCAGUUGGAUUUUUAUUCUUUUCUCUCUUUCUCCCGUUUUUCUGUUCUCUUCUCCUCUCUCUGUUCUGCGUCAGUUUUAUCUCGCAAUCCUACGGUACGGACCGCGCGCGACUUAAUUCUGUACUUUUUUAUAUUGCACAAUUUUUGUGCCUUUAAUUCGCGUGACUUGUUUUUAGAAGCUUUUUUUCAUUCCUGCAGUCGCGUGUUGCACAAAAAUAAUCCCGAAAAAAAGUGCACUCGAAAAAAUCGUUCUAAUCCGAUUGAAUUAAUUUUAGAGUGUGCGAAUAUGUGUGCGUUUGAGAUUGAAAAUGUGUGAAUAGUCUCGUUUAUAACGGUGACGUUUGUAUCGUUUUGGUCAUCGUUCGAUUGCCACCCCCUGAAUCCGAAACAGGUGUUUGGGUUGGUGGAAUGUGUGAGGAAUAAGAGAAGAUUUCGGGUUUGGGGAAGACAGGAUUGUAGAAUAAUAAGAAGAUGCCCUACAGCAAUGGCGCUACGCUGCGCUUCCUGCUGCCGGGACCCUUCCGGGGGAACGCCCAGGACUGCAACCUGGCGCGGCAAUCUCAGAGUUCCGACUCCGUGUACCGGGACGAGGCGGACGACGUGCUGGGCUCGAUCACACCGCUCGCGUACCGUCCCAUGACCAACGGGAUUAUGGCAGAUGAGGAUGGCGAAGACGACGAUGGGCGGCACCGAUGUCCUGCAACAAAGAGUGGCUUAAAAGAUCGAACAGCGGACAGAAAUCCGUUCGUAAUUUCGAGGAACAUAAACCGAAUUGCUGCGGUGAUUCUAGAUGCGAUAACUCGUGCAAUCGCUGCUCCGGCCAGUGUGCUCACGAUCAACAUCAAGGAUCAAUGUUACCUCGAGGACGAUCCAACAAUAUUCACCAAGGAUCUGGAGGGCACGGUGAUUGCUGCUCUGGUGGAAACACCCAAGAUGGAAACGGUCAAAGUUCCGGCCGUGGCCAGUACUAUAACGAGCACAAUCGCCAACACGGUCCAGAAAAUGGACUUGGAAGCGGCCGUAUUCAGAAUUUCGUCCGUCUCCAGUACGGCAACGAGCACAAUCCCCAAACGCGUUGCAGAAUUCCGGUCGUGGCCCUUCAAAUGAUCGAUCCAGCCAGGAGACUCCGGAACGCCGCGCUAGGGAGGAGUUUCUGGUGGGGGCUUUUGUCAGCCAAAUGCAAGUCCAAGUCGAUCGAAACAGCAAAUCUGGUAAUGAGUUGGCAAAGCGUGCUAAAACACCAAGUAAUGGAGGAUUGAACCUGUGUCCUACAAGCGUUGACAAAUUCGAAGCAUUACCCACGUCCGCACGAGAUCUUGGUACUGCUAAGGUAGCUACUCCAUCUUGAGGUGGAGUAAAAUUACGCAAACAUACUGGACAUUGCCGGACUUGAACAUGCGGAAAAAACAAGCCGAGAACCUGAAUUCAUUCGCCAUCCUGUACGAACAUACAAAUGAAGAUCCUCUCGGAGACCACAGCUUCAAGACCGUUACUCCGAAGCAAACAACAAAAAGGCGAAUUGAUUGAACGCACUGUACAACUCAUCUAGCAUUGGUUUAGACAUUAAAUGAAUUUCUGAAUAAAAUAAUAAAACUAGAAACCAUGAACAGCUUAUUUCAGAUAUUGAGAAAAAACUGACAUGAUUCGACUUUGUCUUAGAGCUCUAUCUGCGGCGUCAAUCCAAAAUUGCACUCGGCGUGACAUUCUAGGUACUUGAAUCUUACGUCCCUAGCAGAGAUGAUGUCUGCAACGCAACAGUGUUCCACUGCGUGACAGGUUUUCCCAUGGAGAUCGUUUCUGUACACGGUGCUAAAGUAGAAAUUUGAAAAUGGUAGGUUGUUUGGGUGAGACUUAGAAAACUUAAAUUUUCCUGUUUCUUUUUCUUUAAGCCGCUGUAUCUCUGCAACCAGAGGUCCAAUCUUCAAAGUAAUUUAGACAAUUUCAUAGCCAAUUUUCUGAACCUUUAAAAAUAAAUGAAAUGUUCACUCAUGGUCGCUAUUUUAAAAAAUCGGAACACUGAUAAUAUUUUGCUGAAAUCAAACUUUCGGUGGCUAAAUCAUGAAAAUGGGGUCCUAUAUAAAAAAAUCUGUUAAGUACUUUUCGAUUACAAAUUCAAUUUUACAUCACAAAAUUAAACAAAAAAUUUUUUGCAUGAAAUUUCGUUUCUUCCCAAAAAUCACUAUUUUUCAAAAAAUUAUAACUCGGCGACAGUUUUUUUAACCAUACUUCUCUAUGGCUCAAAAGUUGCGGGUUUUUGUGCCCUAAAACAUUUCGAAAAAUCUCGGUAAUCAAAAAAUACCUAUUUUGGGUAAGUUAGUUUUUUGUGAAAAAAAGUUAAUUAAAAAUCAGCACUUUUUUUCCGUGCUCCUAUUUUUUUCUCAAUACCUGAACUACUUUGCCGAAGACACCAAAUUGAUCAGAAAAUUCACUCAAAAGUUACAGCUGCUUGAAUAUUUACGUACCGUUUUUGUAUGGACAGUAGGGUGCCCAAAAAAAAUGACACCUGCUCCACAAGUGGAAAAUGGUUUUUUGGGGUAUUUUAAGCAUCUGUGCAAAUUUUUAGUGAAAUUAGUUGAGAUUAACCCAUUGAUACUCGAGCCUAAAGUUGAAGAAAACAAUGUUUUUCAUGCAAAAAUGACUUUUAUAAAUCGCUAAUAACUCUUCAUGAUCAAGUUUUACGGCUUUGGUAUGUUCUACAAAGUUGUAGAGCAUAAAAUUUCCAAUGAGUAUCUCACUUUUGGGAAUAGUUUGAUGGAAAUAGUGUACCAUGCAGACCAAACCGUAAGAAACUUGGGUUUUCCAUACAUUUUUUCGAUUUUUCCCAUAAAAACGUUACUUAAUCCACCUUUAGGUGGUUGGUGCCUUUCUCACAUUCAUAAAGUCAAUACAUUCAGUAAAAAUAUCAACAUUUCCUUAACAUGUUUAACAAAUCAACUUUAUUACUAAUUUCUUUUGAUAGGGUUCGCAGACCUUCAAUUUUUCUGGCUCAUCGGCAAGGUCUGAUAAAAAAAACCUAUCCAACGAUAGUUCGCAUUUCAUUUGAAAGGUCUUUUGAUUAUCUAACUAACGUUGGGUCGCAUGAUGGACCCGGACAUCAUUUUUACUGAAAUAUCUGAGAUCCGGCCACCAAAAAGUGUAUAAAUAACAGUUAAGUGCUAAUAACUUUUGAUAGGGUUGUCAGAUCCUUGAUGUUUUAGGCUCAUUUGAAAGGUCUUUUGAUUAUCUAACUAACGACAGGUCGCAUGAUGGACCCGGACAUCAUUUUUACUAAAAUAUCUGAGAUCCGACCUCCAAAAAGUUUAUAAAUAACACUUAAGGGUGCACAGCAACGAAGGAAGUUGUUGUCUUCUUAUUCCAAAAUUGUCAAACUUACGGACCCAAUCCUGCAACAACGUGGUUGUAAAAUUAGUCAAACUUUGUUGUAAAUUACUUUGUGGACAGUACUUUAGGGGAUGAAUGAAAAAAUAUUUCGAUAGUACCCAUAGUUUUGAAAAUACUUAAAUGUCUGUAACAAAAAUCUGGGUGCAAAAGCUCUGAUUGAUGUGCACCGUUAAGUGCUAAUAACUUUUGAUAGGGUUUUCAGAUCCUUGAUGUUUUAGGCUCAUUUGAAAGGUCUUUCGAUUAUCUAACUAACGAUGGGUCGCAUGAUGGACCCGGACAUCAUUUUCGUUGAAAUAUCUGAGAUCCGGCCUCCAAAAAGUGUAUAAAUAACACUUAAGUGCUAAUAACUUUUGAUAGGGUUGUCAGAUCUUCAAUGUUUUGAGCUCAUUGGAAUGGUCUUUUAAAUACCUUUCUGAAAAUGUAUAACAUGAUAGGGUUUCUUGCAAAAACCACCCUUUUUACAAUCUUCCGGACAUACGCCAAAAUCGUUUUUUUAGCAUAACUUUUGAAGUACUUUACUAAACUUCAUAAUUUUCAAUAGGGACUUAUGGGACCCCAAGACAAAUCGAAUAAGACCAAAACGGUCCAAAUCGGUUAAGCCAGGGCUGAGAUAAUCGAGUGCAUAUUUUUUGGUGCACAGACCCACAUCCCUACACACACACACACACACACAGACAUUUGCUCAGAAUUUGAUUCUGAGUCGAUAGGUAUACGUGAAGGUGGGUCUACAAGGUCGAAUUAAGAUGUUCAUUUUCCGAGUGAUUUUAUAGCCUUUCCUCAGUAAGGUGAGGAAGGCAAAACUUCACCUUCGAGUUUCAAUGGGUAAAUGUUGACCGAUUUAGCUCAUAUUUGGCCCAUAGUCCUAAAAUAGCUCAAGAAACAAUAUUUAGCUUUUGGAGCGAGGUUUUGAGAAAAAGUCCCAUAUUCUGGGCACCCUAAUGGACAGCUUUAAAAAUUGUAUGGAUUUUUUUGAAUUGAAUAAACUUUAUUGAAUCUUUCUUAUAAUAAUUACAUUUGAUUUACAUAAUAAGUGGUCAGCUGUGGCUCUUCAGCUUUCGUUUUCUUUUCGUGAUUUAAACACUGUUCAUUAUUAUAACUUUAAAAGUAUAUGAUUUAUCAUUUUUGUAACACUAGGUACAAAAAUUGUAUGGAGGCUUGUAUGGGUGAACCGAUGACACAAAAUAGCUUCUUUGGUCAUAGGGAAGGUACGCAGAAAGUUUGAGCCAAAUCAUAAAAUACAAAAAUUAAAAAUGGUCGUAAUCAGCCCAUUCCGUAGAGAAUUGCUCUAAUGAGGGAGUACAAAUUAAGAGUUGCGUUUUAAAAUAUAAAAUGGAAUCGUUAAAUUACUUAUGAGACAUUUGUUAUAAUAUUCCACCAGCACCUUUUUAUUCGAUCUACUUACUUAACUCUAGCUUGGUUUUGAGGUCAUUUGAAAAGAUGUUAAAAAUUUACCAAUUUCGAUCUUCUCAGUUGCAUUUGACAGGAAAUCAAUUCAAAUUUCAGGAUAUGAUCUGUUUUGGAAUUAUGGUUUGUGACCACUGGAGAUAUUUCGGGGAGACCACACAGCAAAAAAUCCGAUUGUAAAAUCGCAUGCAAAAGCAUGCACAUUACCUUCGUCAAAAUAAACACUUAAUAUUACACACUGCAUGUACAAUUUUUGCAAACACAAAAAAAAAGUUGCAACCGACGGGAUUAAAACCCAGAACCAAUAGCAAGGACUGGCGCCUUAGCCCACUCGGCCAUCAGACCGAUGAAAAGCUGUAAGGAUAAACGCAUUAAUGAGCUUGACAUUUCGGUCAAGUAGGUUUCCCAUACUGAUGUGCUACGUAUUUCAGGGUGUAAAAUCACAUCAAAUUGUAUAAAAUAAUGCAAUAUUUAUUUUACACCGAGGCCUUUUACACGCAGCUGGAUUACUACUUUUUUAACUGUGCACUGGAGAUAUUCCGUAGGUGGUUUUGAGGCGGUUUUUUGCUGAUUGAAGUGAUAUUCUUUCACUUGCGUAAAAAGUGAAAAUCUGAACAUGUUAAUUUUAGAAGCCUUAAACUGUUCAAAAUCCUUUCACAACUUCUAUUUUGUUAUGAAAUGAGGUUUUUAAAUUAUCUCACGGGUAGUUUAUCAUGAAAAGCUUAUUAUUUUAUUACAGUCCAGACUCGAUUAUCCGAAGUUUCGAUUGUUCAAAGUUCGAUUAUCCGAAGGUUUGUAUGGGACUUCGGAUAACGAAAUCACGAAGAAUUUUUUUUUUUAUUUUCUAACUUGAAAUAUCAAAAUUUGAGUUCUGUGACUUGAUUUUAGUCAAAUUUGAAUAGUUGAUUGCCUGUAAAAUUAAAAAAAAUACAUUUUUUCAAAAAAAUCACUUUAGAGUAGUUUAAGGGUACUAAAGCUCAACAAUCAAAAAUAAGACAACGAUUUUUUUUUCGUGAUUCGAUUAUCCGAAGUGAAAUUUUACCAAGGCCUUCGGAUAAUCGAGUCUGGACUGUAUAUCGUAAUCCUGAAGAUCGACUACAAAUUUCAGCCCGUUUGAGUUGAAUUUUGAGCAUUUUACUAUGGAAUAUCUGUAAAUUCACUGCAACGGGAUAUGCAUCUCCUGCACUAAGAAACAAAACACGUUGAUACUGGAGACGGAUGGUGCUUUAUGUUAAACUGAUAUAAAUUGGACAAACAUCACUUUUGAGAUUGAUAACCUAAUCUGGAAAUCAAGAUGUUAAUAGGAUGUUGAAAAUUCAAUGAUUUCUCUCAAAAAAAAUUUCCAGCAGCGCUCCUUCAAGCCUCAAAUUCCACUGAGCAACUAAUGCUCCCACAAGCAUUUAUAAACUCGAACUUCGAACCCUAGUUAUGCUCCCUCGAUUCAAUGUUUUCGAUGGUUUUGAAGUAAUGACACAACUCUUGAAAGGCACACGCCAGAGUGAAACAUCCCAGGACAGCACUAAAGGGACGAUUGACAAUCGUUGCGCAACUUUUCGGACCAUGUCAGUACGCGUUCCACUUUGGUGGUUUGGUGGAAAAUUUGGGCGAAAGGGAAAAGUUCUGAGUCUUAUGGUAUGGCACAGAUAAGUAGACUGAAUUCUUAAAGAACUUCCAUGGAUUCAACAUUUUCAAGUGGUGUAACUGUUUUCUCAAGCUUGAACAUCCAUUAACCUAAGAUUCAAGUCUUCAUAAUUACCGACAGACAGGACUUCCACUUCCUGGCCACGAAGUUCAUCAAAAGAGUCCUUCCCCCCUAAGUUAUCCCCUCUCCCACCAUUGGGACCAGAUCCACCCCGCAUCAGCAGUAUCUGACUUACUUCAGCCAGGGGGUCCCCAAGGUCCCAGAACGGUGGCGUCCAUCAACUGACCAACUCUGACGAGUAGUGCCCUUCGACCCCCCGUGCCACGUCCGUCGAUGCCGCAACAACUUUGGUGGCCUGUUAAUAAUUGGAAAAUUGUCCGCUGGGAAAUGUGCUGUCCGUUUGCGCGACUGGAAGAGGAGGGAGGACUGCUCUGUUUGGGGGAAAAAAUGGCGUAUAGAAAUCGUAACGAUGUCACGUUCAGGGAGGCUGUCGCGUAGAAUAUUGGGACAACUAUUACACUGAAAAUACGCCACCCUUAUUAUUCAAGUGCCCAAACACAUGAAUUAUUGAAUGAAGUUACAUCAUGGAUCUAAUUGGUUUGUGUUUCAACAUCAAUCCAAAUCACUAUCAAAUGCAAGUGUUUGGGCGAUUAACUUUUUGGUAUUUUUUGACACGUUAUUGUCAUUCGGGUGGCUCAAGCUUUUCAAAUGUUUUGCUCAUGAAUUUGUCCCACUGUUUUGAACUAUUCAAAGUGAUAUGGAAAACACUUGAAAUUGAUCUUAAGACCUACACAAAACAAGCACUAAUCAAAGUCAACGUGAUUUUCCACUUGAAUUUAAUGUGUUUGACUGAUUUAUUUUAGCGCGACUUUUAUCGAUGGCUAGAAGUUGGCUAGAAGCGAGGCUAGAACCAAUAGCACAAAAAACUCUCCCUAUUCCAACUGGCCGGCCGGCGCAGUGGUAGCGUGCACGACUAGCAAGCGAGAACCUGUAUAUCGCUUGUACGUACUAUUAUUUUUCAACACCAUUUAAAAUUUAAGUGUUUGGCUAUUGAAAUUAUUUCAGGGCCAAUCACCGCAAUUUCGAGUGUUUUGCGAUUGAUAUUUAAGUGCUCUGUACUGCAGGGUCAGAUCAUGUGCGAAACACUUCGAUGCGCUGUGUGAGUUUUGCUCAGUGUAGCGAGGAAUGCGGGGGUGGGUUUCGGUUUACUGUUAUG